AUGGCCUCUCAGACGGCACCGCCGCCAGGCGUUUUUGUCCCGGUCCCAACCUUUUUCAAAUCAGCUGCCAAUUCGAGCGGUGCUCUCGAGCCCAAGGUCGACAUCGAAACUCAGGUGGCUCACACCGUGUUUCUGGCCAAGGCUGGCAUCACGGGCUUAACCAUCCUCGGAUCAACGGGCGAGGCCAUCCAUCUCUCCCGGAAGGAGAGAGCCGACCUCGUUGCCGGAGUUCGGGCUGGGCUGAACGAUGCUGGCUUCGAAAAUUAUCCGAUAAUGGCUGGGGUGCUUACAAACAGCACCGAAGAGACGCUCGAAUGGCUGGAGGACUACGCAGCAGCUGGAGCCCAGUGGGGGUUGGUCCUGGCGCCUGGCUAUUUCGGAAAGGCUGUUAAUCAAAGUAACCUUAUUGACUGGUUUACUUUGGUUGCAGAUCGCAGCCCGAUCCCCAUUUUGAUAUACAACUAUCCGGGGGUAACGAAUGGGCUUAUCGCGGAACCGGAUACUUACAGAGUACUGGCUAAGCACCCGAAAGUCGUCGGAUGUAAAAUGUCGCACGGAGAUGUUUCUUACCACGUCCAAGUAUCCAAUGACCCUCAGAUCGAUCACAGCGCAUUCAGGGUGUACAGCGGUUUCGGCCAGCAGCUUGGUCCGAUUGUUCUGUUUGGCGCCGCGGGUGUGAUUGAUGGUCUGGCUGCCUUUUAUCCCAAGACGGUAGUCAGGCUCAUGGCUCUGGCAAACAAUACAUCUUUCACGGAAGAUGCCCUGAGCGAGGUUCGACGACUACAAUUUGCGGUUAGCCGUGCCGAAGAGUUUAUUGGGAAGACUGGAAUCAUUGGUAUCCGUGAGGGUAUCAUCCGUAAGACUGGGCUGGGAGCUCUUGAGGGUGGUAGACUGCCACUGAAGGGCAGACUGCCGGAAGAAAACUGGACAGCGCUGCACAAGCUGUACCUGUCGGAUAUUGAACAGAUAGAAAACACAUUGUAA